UUCGAGAGAGGUUCGAAAAUUCACAAACCUGCAAUCACGUCGGGCUAAACACCACAUGUUUUCUGAUAUUAUAUUAUACUCCAAAAUUUAUUAACUUAGAUUAUUAUAACUAGUUUUGGUGGUAGGGCAGCCUGGCAACACUGUAUAGGUAUAAAAGCCUUCAAAGUCAGCGACAAAACGAACUGCAGUCGGUCCUUGCUCUUCCAGUCUCGCUGCACUUCUUCACCGAGUACGGUCAAGGCUGCUGAGCGACGCGCUUCUGCUCUCUGCAAGAUAUUCUUUCCACUCCAUUAGAGACAAUUCAGCAGUAAAAUGACUCGCUUUUUUGGAGGUGUACUGCUCGUCCUGGCUGUAGCGGCAAUCGCCAGUGCUGUUCCACGAGUGAGACGCUUAGCUGGUGGAAGUGAUGCCCAAACUGGACAAUAUCCCUACAUGGCUGCGAUCAAAUUCGACGGCAAGUUAGUUUGCGGUGGUGCAAUAAUAAGCCCCAUAAAAAUUCUAACGGCAGCCAACUGCGUCGACAGAUGUCUGCGUGACAAAGAUCCGGCCUUUAGGGAUUGCAAAAAUUUCAUGACCGUCUACACUGGCUCUGGCUCUCUCUCAAAGGGCGGAACCGUUUCGCGCGUCAAAAGCGUCAAGGUUCCGGAGAAUUUCGUUUUGGGCAAAUUCGCCAACGAUAUUGGAACGAUCACUCUCGAGUCGCCGAUCAAGUUUUCUGCCAAUGAGAAGGCAGUCGAUUUACCCACCGCAGAUUUUGUCGAAAACAGUGUGGCCACUAGCACCGGAUGGGGUGCGACGGCCGGAGCAGAAAACAAAUUCAGCGACCUUCUGAAAAGUCUCCAGGAAACUGUGAUUUCGUCCAGUAAAUGCUCUCCAUUUUUUAAGGAUAAGCCCGUCCCUGUCGAUGUUAAUGACUUUUGCGGAGUUGCUGUCCCUGGUACUGAGAAGGCUGGACUCUGCAUUGGCGACAGCGGAGAUCCUCUGGUUCAAGACGGUAAACUCAUUGGAAUAUCCACAUGGGGCAUCGGGUGCGCAGAGGGCUAUCCAGACGUUUUCACAAACGUUUACAGAAAUCUCAACUUUAUUAAAAGCGAGCUUUAAUGAGGAAUAUCUGUUUGACAAAUGGUAUCGAUGAUGUCUGAUUCACAAUGUGAUUGUAUUGCUAAGUUAAUAAAUAUAUAAGUCAUA